CAACACUCUCGAUUUCAAAUUAUCUUCCACCACUCGAAAAAUGGGAAUCUGUGUGUCAUCUAACCGGAGAGACUCCAAUAAUCCUUCACCGACGGUGAAGAUCGUAACCGUUAACGGCGAUCUCCGCGAAUACAACGCUCCGGUGCUCGCAUCUCAAGUCCUGGAAACCGAAUCAGCCGCCGCUUCAUCUUCUUCCUACUUCAUCUGCGAUUCGGACUCUCUCAACUACGACGACUUCAUACCGGCGAUCAAACCGGAACAACCGCUCCACGCCGACCAGAUCUACUUCGUUCUCCCCGUCUCCAAGCGCCGGAACCGUCUAACGGCCUCGGAUAUGGCGGCGCUCGCCGUGAAAGCGAGCGUCGCGAUACGGAACUCGGCGGGGAAAGAAUCUCGGCGGCGUAAGAAGGGGAGAAUCUCGCCGGUGAUGAUGCUUACUCAGCCUAACGGUUCAGUCGCCGGUGUUAACGGAAGAGUGGGUGAGAUGACGGUUAGGAAGGGAAGGGGAAGGCCGUUGCUGAAUAAAACGGAUCCGGUUAAGGCUUUGAGCGGUUAUAACCGGUCCGGUUCGGUGCGUGAUUUGAGAAGAUAUACUUCUAAGCGAGCAAAGUGGGCGGUUCGAUCGUUUAGGCUGAGACUUUCGACCAUCUACGAAGGCGCCGUCGUUUAAAUUUAUUUUUGUUUGUUUGAUUGUAUAGAAAUCAUAUAUGUUUCCUUUUUUUUUGAACUGCAAUCAUAUAUGUUUCCAAACUAAGUAUUUAUUAUAUAUAAAUGAUUGGUGAUGUUUCUAUAAUUAGACAAUCAUAAUCUAUAACCAUACGUAAGGUUAGUACGGUACUAAGUUAUAAACCUUUUAAAGUUGUUUUGUAUGAAAUGUUUUUUUUUCUUAUAAAAAGGUGUUGUUUA